AUGAGAAGAUUUUUGGAGGUGAUUGAGGAGUUGGCUUUAAAAGAUUUGCCUCUCCUUGGGGGGUUAUUCACGUGGAGUGGAGGGCUGAAUGGUCUUUCAAGGUCCAGACUGGACCGUUUUCUGAUUUCGGAGGAUUGGGAGAAUCAUUUCAGGGGGGCGAUUCAGUGUUCUCUCCCAAGACCGGUAUCCGAUCACUUCCCAAUCCUGUUAGAUGGGGGUGGGACGAGGAGAGGUCCAAUCCCAUUUCGGUUCGAGAAUAUGUGGUUGAAGGAUGAGGGGUUUAAGGAGCUGUUAAAGGGCUGGUGGCAAGGAUUUAAUUAUAGUGGGUCUUAUAGUUUCAUCUUGACAAAAAAAUUGAAGGCCAUGAAAAUUAAGCUGAAGGAAUGGAACUCGGAAGUCUUUGGCAAAGUGGGGGUGAAUAAAGGGUUGGCUCUAGAUAAAGUAUCCUACUGGGAUAAUCAGGAGCAACUUAGAGCCUUAAAUGAGCAGGAGCUAGAGGCGAGAAAGGAGGCUAGGGAGGAAUUUAAGAAAUGGGCUCUAAUGGAAGAGACUUCAUGGAGACAAAAAUCGAGAGAAAUUUGGUUGAAGGAAGGCGAUAAGAACACGGGAUUUUUCCACAAGAUGGUAAAUUCGAACAGGAGGAGGAACUGUUUGAAAAAAAUUAAAGUCAAUGGCACCUGGCUUUCAGAUGAUCAUGACAUUCAAAGGAGAGUGGUGAGGGCCUUUAAGGACCUUUUAUCAGAUCCUGGAGGAUGGCGCCCUUGCUGCAACAAUAUUGAGUUUGACAGAAUUGGGGAUGAAGAGGCAACUAGGCUGGAUGAGAGUUUUUCUGGGGAUGAGGUGUUCUUGGCCCUAUCAGAUCUGAAUGGGUGA